AUGGAGAAUACCACACCCAUUGUAGUACCCCAUGUUGCUAUGUUUGUUCCAUCCAUGGCAUCGACUGGUGAUCCUACAGUGGCCCCUACAGUCGAGUCUGCACUGCCUAAUCCCUGUCGUGACAUUGUCCUCUACCAGUCGGAGGUUGGUGGUUCUGCACAUCCCCCAAGUCCUGAGUCGACUCCGUCUCCACCCUCACCUCCAGUCAGUCAGAAACCUUGUACGUUUCUAGGUAAGGCUCCUCCUAUCUCUAAAAAGGUUCGACCUUCACUGUCAUCUCCUUCCCCACCUGUGUCGAAACGAGUCACUCGUUCUUCGUCGAGUCACGAGUCUCCCUCAAAACCAGUAGGCCCUCCUCGUCCUCCAUCUAAGGUUUCUAUUCCUACCCCAACUAGUGAACGUAUUCAAACCAAACGAAAAUCCUCAACUGACACCACGUAUCAACCACCUGAAAAGAAAUCCAAGAAAAAACCCACUCCAGUUGCCUCUACAAAGUCAUCUCCCGAACGGUCGUCUAGAGGUUCUAAAAAGUCCAAACUUCCCAAAGCACCUAUAUCAACUGUCGACCCAGCAACAGUACAAUGUUUUGUUGAUGCCUCUAAAGCCUCUGUUUAUCAACGGUGGUUUGGCAGUCGUGAGCUUUGGUUCGAACAAGUAGUCAUAUUAGAUGAUUUUCCUGAACUGCAUGAGUUUUUAAAACUUAGGAAAUGGGUAAACACGGUCACCAACUUGUCUGCUCCUCAUCCCAUCUUAGUUCGAGAGUUCUAUGCCAACCUAGAUAGGACUGUUAUUGCUGAGGGUCAUCCAGGGUGUGUGAGUGCCUUUGUUAGGGGUCAUAAAGUUCCUUUUGGUCCAUCCACUAUUGCAUCUUUAUUGAAAGUUGAGUCCAUCAGGAAACCAACAUUUGGGAAACACUUCAAUCCAGAUCAAACUUUGAUGGGUAGAGUGCUAACUGGGAGGGAUGACUAUAUUUGGGACAAACAGGAAAUCCUGGUCACUCAUCUGACUCCAUUCUAUAGGGUUCUUCAUCGGGUAGCCUUGUACAAUUGGUUUCCUAAUUCUCAUUUGUCUGCUGUUACACUUGAGAUUGGCAAGUUCUUGUAUGCUGUAGGCACUAAUGUGUCCAUUGAUCUGCCCUCGCUCAUUUUUGAAAGGAUAAUUGAAGCCUCAGAAACUACUGGCACUCGUAACAAGCUACCAUUUCCAAGUUUAGUUCAACGAGUUCUUAUGGAUGCUCACCCUCCUCUUACAACGCAUGAUUAUCAAGUUCAGAAUCCGGUUCUCAGUAAGAGCUUUCUCUCUGUGGUCAAUAGGAAGCCUUCCCAAACCACUCCCUCUGGAACCAAAGUGAGUAAAGGCAAGUCUCCUAUGUUCAAAGGGCUUUCGGAUUCCAGCUGGCAGGUACAAAUGUUUUCUGAGUUUCAAUCUUUUGCCAAACGUUAUAAGAAGGAUCAAAAGUGUCAGCUUGCCUUUGAGGCCUCCAUGUAUCAAAUGGUUUGCUCUGUCAAGUCAACUCUUUUGCACCAUUUUCCUGGGGAUUCUCUGCCUGACAUCUCUCUGCCUGAGUUUCAUCAUGAUUCGUUUGGUGCAUCAUCAAACACGUCUGGAAGUAAUGCACAUAUGCAGGGGGAGCCUUCAGCAUUUGAUCCUGUCACCAGUUCAGCACAACCUGAUCUAGAUCCUCUAGCUGACUCUGCAACACCCUUGGUGUCGACUGGGCCACCUUCCCAGGGGGAGUCUGGCACAGCACAAGAACCCACAGAUCAUAUUCAAUGA